CGCCCAAGUUUUCAAGAUAUUGAAUUUGGAAUGAGAAUCUCCCUUCGAUAUCCACAAAAUGAAAGGCUACGAUUGUCGUAGGUUUGACACAUUCCGCGCGUACACACUCAAUAUAAGGAUGGUGGAUCAUCGUCAAAGUAAGCUUGAUUGAAGUAGCCAUCAACCGCCCUAUCGAAUUUCCAGCAAGUGCCAACGGCGCAAAUACUUUGAUCAUGAGACCCUCGAGCGUUUUCUUCGGCCUUGUUACCGCUGUGUCGGGCCACACGAUCUUCCAAAAGCUCUCUAUUAAUGGAGCUGACCAGGGAUCAUUGAAGGGGGUUCGCGCGCCUUCAAGUAACAACCCCAUUCAAAACGUCAAUGACGUUGGCUUUGCCUGCAACAACAACAUCCAGUACAAGGAUAACAACAUUGUGUCCAUCGCCGCCGGUGCAAAGGUCGGUGCUUGGUGGGGGCACAUCAUUGGAGGUGCUCAAGGCACCAACGACGCCGAUAAUCCCAUCGCCGCGAGUCACAAAGGUCCUAUCGUUGUCUAUCUGGCCAAAGUCAGCAACGCCGCCAGCACUGGCACAACUGGCCUCAGCUGGUUCAAGAUUGCCGACUCUGGCCUGAGUGGAAGCACAUGGGCCGUGGACACCAUGAUAGCCAACAAUGGCUGGCACUACUUCACCCUUCCCUCAUGUGUCGCUCCUGGGGACUACCUCCUGCGCGUUGAGAUCAUCGCCCUCCACUCCGCCUCGACACAGGGAGAGGCCCAAUUCUACAUGGAAUGCGCUCAAAUUCGGGUUACUGGUUCAGGUACCAAUGCCGGUUCCAACACUGUCAAGUUUCCCGGCGCCUACUCCGCGACCGACCCAGGCAUUCUCAUCAAUAUUUACGACAACUCCGGGAAGCCAACGAACGGUGGCCGCUCAUACACAAUCCCGGGUCCUUCGGUCCUCAGCUGUUCCGGUUCCGGAAGUGGCAAUGCUUCCCCUCCUGCCUCCAGCUCUCCGCCUGUGUCGAGCUCUCCUCCGUCCAGCAGUGGCGGCAAGACUGUUGCUUUGUAUGGGCAGUGCGGCGGUCAAGGUUGGACUGGCGGUACGACAUGCUCGCAGGGAACCUGUAAAGUCUCGAACCAGUACUAUAGCCAGUGUCUGCCUUGAAGCCUGAGUUCAGAGAGUCUCUGUAAGAAAUGGCCGAUGAUGGUCUUCAAGAUUCAACUUUUCAAGCUGCCUACUGGUUGGUGGUUACUUUCCGUACAAAGUCGAUUUUCAAUCGAAUACUUCGGAUUCUCAUAACCUUUAGAAACAAAUAGACAAGUUGCUGGACGAGACAUAACCAUUAUCUAAUGA